AUGCACCUUGAUGAUGCUCUUUGGGCGUAUAGGACCACAUUCAAAACACCCAUUGGAACAACGCCCUUUAAGCUUGUCUAUGGAAAGGCAUGCCAUCUAUUGGUGGAGAUCGAGCAUAGAGCAUAUUGGGCCAUCAAACGAUGUAAUAUGAACUUGGCCCAAGCCGGUGAGCAGAGAUUACUAGAGCUACAAGAGUUGGAGGAAUUGCGCUUGGAGGCCUAUGAGAAUUCAAGGAUCUACAAGGAAAAAUCAAAGCUGAUUCAUGAUAACGGCCUUUUGAGAAUAGAAUUUUGGAUCGGGCAUAAAGUGUUACUUUACAAUUCUCAUCUAUCACUUAUGCUUGGCUUAGAAGUGGACGAAACUUCUGGUUCCAUCGUCUCAUGUUCUUCUGCUUCCUCUUGUGUCAACGGGGUCUUGGAUUCCAUCGCAACUGGAUAA